AUGCAGACACUCAAAUGCGUAGUAGUAGGAGACGGUGCUGUGGGUAAGACCUGUCUAUUGAUUUCGUACACUACGAACCAAUUUCCAGCGGACUACGUGCCUACGGUUUUCGACAACUAUGCGGUAACGGUGAUGAUCGGCGACGAGCCAUACACGCUGGGGCUCUUCGACACUGCAGGCCAGGAAGAUUAUGAUCGUUUGAGACCAUUGUCGUAUCCCUCUACAGACGUGUUUUUGGUGUGUUUCAGUGUGAUAUCGCCUCCGUCGUUCGAGAAUGUGAAAGAGAAGUGGUUUCCCGAGGUUCAUCACCAUUGCCCCGGCGUGCCCUGUCUGAUCGUCGGGACCCAGGUAGAUUUGAGAGACGACAAAGUGAUCAUCGAGAAGCUGCAAAGACAGCGGUUGCGCCCUAUCAUGCCCGAACAAGGCGAGCGGCUGGCGCGCGAGCUCAGAGCCAUCAAAUACGUGGAGUGCUCUGCUUUGACGCAGCGCGGGCUCAAGAACGUGUUCGAUGAAGCGAUCGUCGCGGCGCUGGAGCCUCCCGUGAUCAAAAAGAACAAAAAGUGUACUAUUCUUUAA